GAAAACCCUCCAUUAUGCUGGAUUUGAAUAACCUCUGCAGAGAAGAGUGUGACGAAAUUCCUCCAGUGCCAUGUGAAAGAUUCAUCACCAAAUAACGCAAACAAUUGAUUUCAGUUUUUGCUGCCAAGGCUGACACAGCCCGUUAUUAGGUUCAGGGGAUAAUUACUUUUUCACAGAGAGUCAAAAAAGUUUUGAUUUCUUUGUGCCUUAAUAAAUUAAAUUGUCAUUUGAAAACUGCAUUUUGUAGUUCUUUGGGUUGUCUUAGAGUAAUAUUAAAAUUAUUUGAUGAUUUGAAACCAUUCUCUGUGAUGGAUAUGCAAAAAAAAAAAAAAGCAGGAAUCAGGAAAGAGGCAAAUACAUUUUUACGGCACUGUACCUCACACCCAGCCACAGUCUUAUGAAUAUCGGUUACACCCAAUACCUGUGAAGAAGUGGUUACAGUUUAAAAGAUGUUUAAAUUCAUAACAUAGCUGCUGAGACAUUGGUAAAUCGAGUGAAGUAGGGCCAGACUAUUCUUGACAGACCAUUUAAGUGGAUUAGACACUCAUUGACUUAACAUCUUAACCAAUUUUCUUUCCAGUAAGAUGGGGUACACACAUAGUCAGAAGUGGGGCAAAUUUGAAUUUUUACCUUCCCUUGAAAUCUAAAUUGGCAAAGGCAGCAAAUCAAAUGUCUCUGAAAGAAGGAUUAUCUUGUGUGGAGGGUGUUUAUGUUUGUCAGGUUCACCAAUUAGAUAUUCAUUAAUCUGGACAAAAAGGAAGCAAAGACACCAGUUCAAGUCUCGCGAGGAGAGAGAAGAGGAACUGUCUCAUACAAUUCACCACUGCACUCUCUGAUUAUCCUCUCCUCAGCGUCUCUAUUUAUUUAGUUUUAAGACGCCCCUUAUUUACAUGGAUGUUACAAAAAGGAGACGAGAAGCAAAACAGUUGGAAACAAACUGUACAUGUUUUUUUCAUGUCCAUGUGCAUGUGUGGAAGAUUGCUGAAUACAUGUGUGGUCAUCAUUUCUUUAACAGGCAGCAGUUCUAACAGUUCUGAUGAUUAGAUGUUUUUGUUCUUGCUAUCUCCUGCUAGGAGGCUGCCACGUUAUCUGGAGCAGAGCAAAGCAUUUCAUUAUUGGAAGCAGAUGUAUGAUAAUAAUGAUCACAAUUAUUCCUACAUUUCCCCCCUGUUUAUCAUACAUUUGCUACCAUGUUUUCUAGAGCAGAGCAAAGUGUUCUUCAUUGCAGGCAGAGACAGCAACUGAAUUGAAGAAGAGCAAAGCAUUUCUUCAUUUCAGGCAGAAACAGUAACUGAAUUGGAGCAGAGCAAGGCAUUUCUUUAUUGCAGGCAGAAACAGUAACUGAAUUGGAGCAGAGCAAAGCAUUUCUUCAUUGCAGGCAGAAACAGUCAUUUAAUUAUAUUUACAAUUAUUUUUACAUUAUCCUCCUGUUUAUCCUACAUGUGCUCAAAUCCUUACAUCAUCUAAUAGAUCAUCCUUUCGGCUUUAUUCUACAGAGUCAUAUUUAUGAAAACAAACAUAGUUACACUCGGAGGAAAAUAUAGUACUAAUUACUUGUAAUGUUCUGAAUCGGAGAACAGGUCUGUAAGAGAAGUCAUAACAUCACCAUCGUGAUCAACAACAUCACUGUCAUUAACCUGUUGUGUCAAUAGUGGAUAUAUUUCUGCCAAUUUUGAAAAUUCGGGGCAAUAGCAGUGGUUAUAAGUCGGUUAAGUGAUGACCUUAAGCAGGGCAUGCAGCAACAUCCACACAAUGUAAGAAUAGGUGCAAACACAGCUAUAGAAACUAGGAGAGAGAACACCAAGUUUUUAUAUUUGCCAAACAUUUUUUCCCAUCACUCAGACCAGGCUGAUGUGCUCACGCCAGAGUGCUUCUUCAUCUUGUGGUUCAGGGUGCGGAGGCCUUGAAUGGCCCUUGUGAGUGACCCAUCAGGUGCUGUGUUAUUUGGAAUAAACGCACAACACUGGUCACUGAACAUUGCGCAGACGCUACCCUUCUCGGCCAGGAGCAUGUCGACUGCUAUGCGGUUCUGGAACGCCAUGAGGCUGCAGCGAGUUGCUCUUUUAUGGCAAUAAAGCCUGCUUCCGUAUAGUUACCUAGUUUCUGUACAUUGUAAUGUAGGUAGUUGAUUCUGUCAACAUUUUUAUUCGGGGUUAUUCAUAACAAGAUGGAUUCCCGUCCUGCAGCAAUCUGGUUAACCAACUUAUACUCAUCUGGUACGGGUUUCACAGCACUGACAUAACAUGGACUCCUUGCAAUUAGAUUUGGUGAGGAAAACACUAUAAAAGAUGUAAGGAUGGAGGCAUUGAAGGAAGAAAUGUGACAAAGAUUAAUAAUCACUUUAAAUGAUACAUUUCUACCUAUGGUCAUUCUUCCAUAUUAAUCUGAGGUAUGAAAGGUAUAUUGUCAGUACAAGCAUAAAGUAGAAUGUAUUUUAAAAGAAGUGAUUGCAAUGCAGGUGCCUUGGAAUGCUCAAUAUUCACGUUACAUUCAGGUCUUCACUCGUUAAACUCACGUAAAACACUCAGCUAUUACUCCGGGGUAACAUGAAGAAUAGUUUUUUUUCCCUUUGGUAGAAGUGUCUGCUGCAAGAUGUCAGCAAACUGCUCGCAUAUUUGCACAAUAUUGUUUGCUAUACUUAAAGCAGAAGUCAUUUUGUGGUCACAGAACUUGGUUGUGCUUGUAAAAGAGGGGUGGAACCCAGACAACCGCAAGACUUGUUAUCUGUGGUUGCUGUUGUACCAAUCAAAUACCCAAAAUGGAGUUGCACCUUCUUUCCAUCCCCUGCCUUUUUCAUUAAAGCAAAAGGAAAAGAGUAUACAUAUCUAUAUUUGGGUGUCCAUUGUAAUUUAUGUUUUACAGAGGCAAGGUGCAUUGAGUGAUAAAAGAGGAAGUUCUGAAACGGAAACAUAAUGCGCAUGAGGUUGCUGCAUGAUGACACUGAGAAGCUGUGGAUUCAUGGUAUGGUGAAGUCCAGCAAUACAACUGGAGGAGCCCCGGAUUUCAAAGCAACACAGGUCAUUUCACUCAGGUUGUAUAGAAAGCAAGCACCCAACUGGGAGUGGGUAUGGCCACUGAUGGCAACAAGGUGUUUGUUGUUGGGCAGUAUCGACCAGCUGGCAACAUCAGCAUGGGCCAAUACUUCAGGGAAAAUGUCCUCCCACAAGGAGGAGCAAUGUGGUUUUUGUCCUGACCGUGGAACAGUGGACCAGCUCUACACCCUCGGCAGGAUCAUCAAGGGUGUUUUGUGGACAUGUAGAAGGCAUUUGACCGUGUUCCUUGGGGAGUCCUGUGUUGUGUUCUUUGGGAGUAUGGAUUACCGAACCCCCUGAUACGGGCUGUUCAGUCCAUGUUAGACCGGAGAUUAUGUCUCUCGGCUGGCCUGGGAAUCCCUUGGUAUCCAUCCGGAAGAGCUGGAUGUGUCAUGAUCCUGCCGCUUCAGCACGAGCUGUGCGGCUGCGCUGAUUGGGAGGCACACACCUGUGCCUCAUGCGGCCUGAUCAUCCCCCAUAUAUAUAGGACCCGGUGACGACUGGUCCGCCGCCAGUUCGUUGAGCUUUAUGUCCCGUUCCAGCACUCUCGUACUCCUGACUGAACCUGUGUGUACCGACUUCCGUCCGUUCUCUGACCAACCUUGUAAGCCUGACUCCUUGACACUUCUGCCUGCGUUGUUUCCCCGUGCACCGGACUGCCUGCUCGAUCCCCGAACUCUGCAUACAAUAAACGUGUCUCUUCUUGAACUACCUUGCGUCUUCCGAGUUCCUGCAUUUGGGUCCUACCUCUCGUUCAGAUGGGACGUGACAGAACGAACUGGCCAAUACAGGACCCAGCAGGAAAGACCCGGCGUCGCCGGGACCGACGCAAGGUAGACCGUCUGCCGGAGGACCAAGCCUGCCCAAUCCGGGUAGGCUCCCUGACGUCCUCCACUUCCGUGUCUUACUCUCCGCCAGCGAGGUAUGAAUACGUCCCGAACACGACCCGUCCGGCUCCUCAUAUUCUUCUGGACUCUGACUUUUCGGAAUAUGAGGAGGACCGUGAUUUGUAUGACCGGCUGCCUGAGUACGACUCCGAUGAUUUUGAUUUCGAAUCUCUUUGCCCGGCUUUGCAUCCCAGUCAGUUUGUUUCACCUCCCCGCGUUUCCAGCACCCGAACGUCUUCACCCGGUAGAUCAAAGUACACCAAUCGGUACGAGGGAACCCGAUUGGCCAUCUACCCGGGACCUCAGCGGGGCGGCCAGAGGAGACGCCCCGGCCGGGCGCUUGCUGGUGUCUCUCGCUGCGCAGCAACGAAGACACCGCCCUCCCACUCCUCGCCGGCAACGGCGAGACCGGCAGACCCGCAGCUCGUGGCGAGGCUUCCAGCCCAGAGGGAGGAGGAGCCGCCAAACCACGAGGCGUUCUGUCGCGAAAUGCGGGCGCAGAUAGAGAGGCAGAGCGCCGAAUUGGCGGCUCUCACGGCCCAGGUCCGGCAAGGAUUGGCGAUCCAGCCGAGCUACGCUGACGUCGCAACGGCGACGGACUCGCUGCUGACUCAGGUUCACGUUGCCGUGGAAACCGACCCGCCCCCUUGUCAAGUGCACGCCACAGUGGGAACAGACUCGCCACCUCAAGUGCACGUCGCAGUGUUGGCGGUUCCGAGCAGAGCUCACGCGGCAGUUGGAACUGACCCGCUCCCGAGACACGCCCACGUGUCAGUUUCGACUGACUCUCCGCCUACUCAGGUUCACGUUGCCCUGGAAACGGAUUCGCCGCCGAGCCACGCCCACGUUGCCGUUUCAACGGAUGCAGUGCAAGCUCACGUGGCAGUGGGGACCGACCCGACGCCGCCUCACGUUGCUGUCCAGGAGGUGGCGACGUCUCCACAGCCGCUUCUCAUCCGUGCUCUGGAGUGGCAGUGGCGACUGGUCCGCGGACGCUCCACACUCCUGCUCUGUCGGCGACCGGCCCGCGGUCGCUCCCCGUUCCUGCUCUGUCGGCGACGGGCACGCCCUCACGUUCCUGUCCAGGAGGUGGCGACAGUUCCCCAGCCGCCUCACGCUCCCGUCCAGGAGGAGGUGGAGUUGGUGAUGCUGCCGCCGCCUUCUCAAGUUGCUGUCCAGGAGGGGGCGGCGAUGGCGCCGCCUUCUCAAGUUGCUGUCCAGGAGGGGGCGGCGAUGGCGCCGCCUUCUCAAGUUGCUGUCCAGGAGGGGGCGGCGAUGGCGCCGCCUUCUCACGUUGCUGUCCAGGAGGGGGCGGCGAUGGCGCCGCCUUCUCACGUUCCUGUCCAGGAGGGGGCGGCGAUGGCGCCGCCUUCUCACGUUCCUGUCCAGGAGGGGGCGGUACUGGCGCCACCGCCUUCUCACGUCCCUGUCCAGCAGGCGCUGGGGAGUUCUGUGGAGCCACCCAGGAGCUGGAGAGACUUCGGGGUGGCAGUCAUGGCUCUGGUCCUGCUCUCCAUCAUCUUCUUCGCUCCUUGAGUUCGCCCAGCCGCUUCAGGACCUGGCCUCGUUGGCGACCAAUCCCUGGUCGUCUUGCAACGACGGCGUGGGAGGUUUUCGUCCGGAGCAGUGGCCUGCCUCGUUCUGGUUCCUGCCUCGCCGUUUGGUUCCUCACAGAGGUCGUCCGCCCGAAUCGCCCCGUGGGGACCCUGGUGCUUGGCGUCCGGGUCGUCCUCCUGACCUGUCCGCCCGGACGCCUCGGGUUUGGUGGCCUGGAUGGCCACCAGUCUGGGGUUCGGGGGGGCGUGCCCUCCUCCGGAGCCCCUUCCGCCCACCCUGCCUGUGUUAAUUAGUGUCUGUUUUUUUUUCGUUUAGGCACGUCUGGGAGCCGUGCC